AUGAUGUUCCCAUCGCGAAGCCGCACUGCUUCGUACCUCCAACCGAUGAUGGAGGAUCAGGAACUCAUUGGAUUUAACAGAGACAGAAGACGGAGCUCGGGAUCCAUAAUUGUGGACAGUUUUGAACUUGGCAACGUGUCGCCCAGUCGUCGAUCUUCCAUCGCUUCUACUCUUCCAGUCGACAAAAAAUCCAGAAGGAAACUCUCCACUCCGGUUCCUCUUCAUCAAUAUACCGAGGAUCCAACGCUAGCAUGGGAGAUGCUCAAAGAGAAGAGACCAGUUAAACCAGUACGUCAGAUGAGAUUGGAUACUCCUGUCAAGCCAGAUCAUGUCCGAUUUGUAUGUAUUGGAUGUACACAUGGAGAACAAAUGGAUUUAUCCAAACUUCCACCCGGUGACGUCCUUCUUGUAGCUGGAGAUUUCACUUCUUGUGGUCUCCCCAACGAAGUUCACAGUUUCAAUAAAUUGCUUGGAAAACUGAAAUACGCUUACAAAGUGGUGAUAGGAGGCAAUCACGAAUGCACAUUUGACGACACAUUCCUUAAAUUGAGUGAGCAAAUUCUGGAAGAUCACAACGAUCAACAAUCACAAUUUGCAGACAAAGAGUCAGAACCCAAAGAGAUGGCACUGAAACAAGCAAUGUUAUCAGCAAUUCACUCCGAUUCGAAGGGUGGAAUUUCAGCAAAAGAGCUACUCUCGAAUGCAAUUUAUUUGGAAGAUAACGUAAUCGAAUUGUUUGGAAUUACAAUCUAUGGAACACCAUGGCAACCAAAAGUAGACAACUGGGCAUUCAACCUAUCUCGUGGUCAGUCGCUUCUCGACAAAUGGAAUAUGAUCCCAACUGGAGUUGACGUACUUCUAACACAUACUCCACCACUUGGUCAUGGGGACAUGAUGAACAAUGGGCAGAGAAUGGGAUGUGUCGAAUUACUGAACACGGUUUUCAAGAGAGUCCGACCAAAGUACCACGUGUUCGGACACAUUCAUGAAGGAUACGGAUGCACGACUGAUGGAUACACAAAGUUUAUCAAUUGUUGUCAGUGUAAUGAAAAUUUGGAUGUGAAGAACGAGCCAGUAAUAUUCGACAUCCCAGUGCAUCCGCACACUAAACAGUUCUACGUUCAAAACGUGAAAAAGAUUCUGAAGCGGUUUCAGAAGAAGAAUUAA